AUGGCCACCUCCAUGAACCCCGUCGACCUAUACCACGAUCCGGCCCUCGACUCCUUGAUCACUCACAGUACCGUGCGCAGCAGACAAAAUAAUCGUCGUUACAGUGGUGGGCAGGGCAGGCGCCCAAUAUCGCAGAACUUUGAAAAUGCAGAACAACCCCUUCCUGCUGCGCCCGAAGUGCCUCGCGGGCCGCCCAUCUCCUAUCGAGGCUUUGGCCAGAGUACGGAUCCCGGCCUGCAGCGUUCCUUCUCCCAAAGAGCCAAGGGCAGACCGUUCCACAGAGAAGCAUUUGCAGACUUGGAGGACGAAUACCCGGAGGAAAGUACGAAACCUAAGCAGCGCAUAGUAUCUGAGCCAGUACGCCGGGAAGCUAUGCCCACCGUCUCUCGAAAGCCAGCCCCGCCCGAUGGUUUGCGACUGAAGACGGUGGAUCUCAAUGGCUCGAGUGCUACGAAAAUACCGGGAAGGGACAUUGAGUCAGCUCGAGAGCUGUCUCACACUGAGCCAAGGUCCAGUCAACAGCCUCGUCGGGCGUCUGACACUCCCCGACGUGUCGAAGAGCCAGCAUCAGCUGUCAGCAGAUCAAGCGCGUUCCGAGAUGAAGCUCACAGAAGGGAUUGGGCCCCAGACCGCUCCCCUUUGCAAAAGCUGGAGGUCACUCUGAAUGAUAUUAGCAAGGAAGAAAAGCGCGCGAGGGUCCAGGAAGCCGAAAUGCUACUGCGAGAACGCGAGUCAAACCCGGCUCGAAAGACUGUUGAAACCCCUCGAGAACCUGGUCCGGUGUCCAUUCCCGCUGCUUCUGCUAGCCUGUCUGCCCCGAAACGAGAGCGAGCAACUGAUCAGGAAGUACCAACCUUGGAAGAUGCAGGUUUGGUUCGAAAUCUGAGCAACACUCACCGACAACGUCUGCAACAUAGCACAACUGUGGACAGCCAUCGACCUGACGUACGAAGCCUCUCCGGAGAAGGUCACCCGGGUUUUGAGUAUACGAUCUCCAGCCCACCACAACCGGCUCCUGUCAGUUCACGGCGUCAGUCAAGCAGCAAGUAUCGGCGAGUCAGUGAGUCUAGUCAGGAUGGUCCGCUCGACUCACCUCGCGCAAUGACUGAGGAAGCUGCUGUCAAAUCGGACAGAGUUCGAUCUGGAAAACAGCGUGAAGUUCAACCGAUGGGCGCAGAGGUCGAGGCUUUGGACGGGCAGUCGCGGGCUCGCGCCACCGAAGCCCAAGCGCCCACGAUUCCGGGUCGGGACGACUUUUUAGAGCGGCAGAGGAACGCAUCUCAUAAAGCAGCACUGGAGAAACUCACUGGAGUGUCAGAUCCCGCAAAACUUGGGCGAGGUGGCUCAGGGAGACUUCGGAAAGCUCCACCAAGAGAUGUGGAUGAAAAGCCCGCCUCUGCCGCCAGGAUCCCAAGCAGAAUACCCGUGCCGACUUCAACAACCACCACCCAAGCUCACAGACAAGAACAGUACAAGCAAGCUGCCGCUGAAAUGAAAAAUGAAGUGCAGCAGGUACAACAGCAGCCACAGACACCACCGAUUGGCCUUGGGCUCCAAUCAUCUCCCCACCCAAGCAGUCCCCAGUCCCCUCCAGCGAAGCCGAUAGAUGUGAUGCGUCAGAGACAACGAAAGUCCAGUGUGUCCUUCAAAGAGCCACUCAACAAUCGACCUGUCGACGAAUGGAAAGAAGCCGGGACAGCAAGGCUUACAGCGAUCGACUUUUCUACCGAACCCAUCGCUCCAGCGGACAAAGGCAAAGCCUGGUGGGAACAAGGUGGCACUUCAUCAGGCCGCAGACGCAGGAGUUCAACGAAGGCGGCCGAUCAACCUGCUGCUGGAGAUCAUAUCGACGAUAGAACUGCCGAGUUCAAGCCACGUCUUUAUCUGCGGUGCGGGCCUUUACUUCGCUACAAGGGCAUGAGAAGACAGAAAAAUGAAAAGGGAGAAGAGCGUGAAUUCUGGCGAGGGAGCGUCCUUAUCGUUACCCAAAAUUCCCAUUCUUCCUACGAUACGACGCCGACUUUACGCCUGUUUUGUCAGCCACAAACGUUGUUACCACCCCCGCCUCACCACGUCACUACUGAUGAGCUUCAACCUGAAUAUGUCGACCCGAUUGCUGGCUUGACUAAGCUCUCAAGGACCGGGAGGGCUUUGUAUGUUCGGCCCGUGGACCAUCUGGAAGAGGGAAAGGAUUUGUCGCAAAUCGAAAACGAUGAGGGCCUCUUCGAGAGUUCUCCCAGUCCACUGGAGCAUAACGGACCCCAAGGUCUAGUUCCAUUCUCGAACAACCGCAUCCUCGAUACGGACGGAGAAAGAUUCGGCCGAUAUCAGGAAGUCGCGGGGGCACGACUUUACGCAGAUCCAGACCGCGAUGUGACCUUCUGGCGAUUCAAUCUGGAGAUAGAACUGGCUGAUGAGCAACAACAUAUUGCUUACCGCAUCAAUCGUGGCCCGUCCGUGGGUUUCUGGGUGCCUGCUCGAGGUCAGACCAUGCACAUAAUGUUCCAUUCUUGCAACGGGUUCAGCCUCUCCGUCAAUCCAGACAGCUUCAGCGGACCUGAUCCGUUGUGGAGGGACGUGCUCAACACCCAUCAAUCACGUCCAUUCCACGUUAUGAUAGGUGGCGGCGAUCAGAUAUACAAUGACCGCGUCAUGCUGGAGACCGAACACUUCGGUGAAUGGACCAGGAUGAGGAAUCCAGCUCAUAAACAUCACGCUCCGUUCACACACGAAAUGAAGGAAGAACUUGAAAGCUUCUAUCUGAACAGAUACGCCAUGUGGUUUUCUCAAGGUCUCUUCAGCAUGGCUGCUAGCCAGAUCCCGAUGGUGAAUAUUUGGGACGAUCAUGACAUUAUCGAUGGCUUCGGUUCCUAUCCAAACCAUUUCAUGGAGACGCCAGUGUUCUCUGGAAUAGGAAAUGUGGCAUAUAAAUACUACAUGCUCUUUCAGCACCAGAGCGUUCCCGAAGAGACCACCGCACACGAGCCUAGCUGGGUCUUGGGUCGGCAGCCAGGGCCGUAUAUCAAGCAACUUAGUAGGAGUGUAUUUAUGCACAUGGGAAAGCAUGUUGCAUUCCUGGGUGUUGAUUGCCGCACGGAAAGAAAGCGCAAUGAGGUUUUGAGUUUGAACACACUGGAUUUCAUUCUGGACAGGUGCCGCAAAGAACUCAUUGAAGGAGAGACGAAGCACCUUAUUGUAUUGUUGGGCGUCCCCCUUGCUUAUCCUCGCCUGGUUUGGUUGGAAAACGUUCUCACUAGUCGACUCAUGGAUCCUGUCAAAGCGCUGGGAAGGGCUGGGAUCUUGAAAGGCGGCUUUCUCAACAAGUUCGACGGUGGAGUUGAGAUCCUCGAUGACCUUGACGAUCACUGGACUUCGACUAACCACAAACAUGAGCGUAAUGACUUCGUCAGAGACCUACAAGACCUUGCGGCAGAGAAAUCAUGUCGCAUCACCGUUUUGAGCGGAGACGUUCACCUCGCUGCAAUCGGCCAGUUUCACUCCAACCCGAAGCUGAAGAUUCCCAAGGACAAAGAUCACCGGUACAUGCCAAAUGUGAUAUCUUCAGCGAUUGUGAAUACACCACCGUCGGACAUGAUGGCCGAUAUCUUGAACAGACGCAACAAGGUUCAUCACUUGGACCACUACACGGACGAAGACAUGAUCCCAAUGUUCACACACGACGUGAACGACAAGAAACGAAAUAAUAAACGAUUGUUGCCUCGUCGCAAUUGGUGCUCGAUCCGAGAGUACAUUCCCGGCUCAACCCCUCCGCCUUCAGCGUCAGAAAGUUCAGCAGUCUUCGAAGAUGAAGAUCUGGAGGACAAUCCAGAACCUCGCCCUCGACGAUUCUCCUUCAGCAAGACAGACGUCAACCCACGAACUCUGCUCCGUCGAUUAAGCUCCCGAAACGCGCCGCCCACUUCGUAUCGCGACAUGAUAUAUGACCAGGGUCGUUCAGCGUCUCACGAUGGAACAACACAAUCCGGAGGCCUGGCUCAAGACCGCAGCGUAAGCGGCUCUCGACAGGCCUCGAGUGAAUUCCAGGCUCUCCCGAAUAAGCGCGCUUCUUCGUUCGACCAUAUAUCUUCCGGGGCUCCCGUGCGGCCGAGCACCUUCAAACGCCGCCCUACCAAUUUCUCCGAAAAGGCCGCGAGGAAAGGGAACGUACCAGCCAUCGAUGCCGAAGGUAAUGAAAUAGAUGUCAAUGAUCAUGUUAACCUGGAGGGAGGGCUCGAUGUGGUCUUGAACGUCGAAAUCAACCAAAAAGACCCGUCCGGAAUUACUACGCCUUACAGGCUGCUUAUCCCGGCUCUUUGGUAUGACGGGAGCUCUGAUCGCGAGAAGCUUGGCGACACCAGUGGGGUUCAAAAAAGACCGACCCUUUUGAACAGAUUCGGCAUCGGUGGGAGAAAGCCUAAGGCCUCUGGGAAUCAAGACGAGGAUUGGGAUCAGGAAGAAAGUGAGGAGGAAUACGCCGAGGAUUCAUAUGCUCCAAAAUCAGGAGCAGCACCUCGGCGAAGAUUCAGCCUUUUCGGAAGCCGUCGACAAAAGAGAGAAGAUUACCACAGUGACGACGAAGACGAUGGUGAAGACCAGCCUCAAGCCCCCACCGCUGGAAUGGGACCCCCUCAGCAAUAUCGAGCAAUGAACGACGCUCCCGGUGGUUACCCGCCGCCACUUCCCAGAAACGCCGAUUACCAGUUAUCGCACAACAUGACGAGCCCACCUAACCACGACAUGCUGUACGACACGGAAAAUCGGCCACCACACCUGUCUUCCGUCCAAGCAAUGGGAAGGAGCCAACCUCGCGUAUCUCCGCCUUCAGCAAUGCCCAUGACAAACGCCAAUGGAGGCGGGGAUAUAUCUCAGCGUCGUCUCAGCAAACAAGAACGUGUCCUAGGUAUUUCGCCUUCUGAACCGCAACCAUAUGGACCACCGCAGCAAUUGAGGGGCAGCGGCAUCAUUGGGCGAGACUUCAGACAGCCGCUUGACCAGCCAGGCUACUAUGAAGCUCCUCAAACGAGGGGUUACUCUGGCAUCGAGGCGUACAAGGAGCCAAAGCCACGACGGACAUUUAGUCUCAAAAGAGCGCGAAAUUGGCUUGAUGGGAGAUCUCGAGAGCAAGAAUAUUAUUAA